AUGACUCUCAUGGAUUACGUAAGCCUCGGUUGCUGUACGCUGGCAUUUGCCCUGUAUGUCAACACGCUGAGCGCCGGAUUCGUGUACGACGACAGGCGAGCCAUCCUGGGCAAUCCGGAUGUCCUGAGCUCCACCGGCUGGUACCAGAUGCUGCACAAUGACUUCUGGGGCACACCGCUGACCGAUUCCGGCUCGCACGGCUCCUACCGACCGUUGUGUGUGGCCAGCUUCAAAAUCAACUACCUGCUCGAUGGCUUCAAACCGCUCGGAUAUCAUCUGGUCAACGUGCUGUUGCACUGCGUGGCCACGGUUCUGGUCGUACGACUGGCCAGGCACAUUAUCCCGUCGCGGUACGGUGCGGCCAUUGCCGGGCUGCUGUUCGCGGCACAUCCGAUCCACACCGAAGCCGUAGCUGGAGUGGUCGGGCGGGCGGAUUUAACUGCCUGUGUCUUCUACCUGCUUGCUCUGCUGGCCUACAUCCGGCACAUACACUGGCGUCAGUGCACCGACUUACGACACUGGCUGGCGCUCGGGUUCACCAUCCUGCUGGCGACCGCCGCCGUCCUAUGCAAAGAAACUGCUGUGACAGCUUUAGUGGUCUGCGCAAUUUAUGAUAUCAUAAAAGGAUACGCCGGUUCCAGAGAUAAGCACCGUUUUCGGAGCGUGGGAAUCCUCGCGGUUGCUCUGGGCACCAUGCUGCACAUGCGACUUUCACUACCUCGGCCGGCGAUGCUGUUUUCCUCAGCGGAUAAUCCAACGGCCAAGAUCGGUUCCAGCUGGACCCGAUUUCUGACGUUUUUGUACCUGCCGGUGUUCAACUUUCGAAUGCUUGUCUAUCCGGAUGUGCUGAGCUUCGACUGGGGUAUGGACGCCAUCCCUCGGAUUGCUAGUUUGUUCGAUAGGAAAAACUUACUGACGGCACUGUUUUACGGAUUGCUGUCUAGGGCGAUUUGGGUCAACUUCCGAACGUUGGUGAAACACAGUUGGCCAAGUGUAAAUAGUAACUUCAAUAGAAAACUAGCUAGUAAACUUGCGAUGGCCCGGGCUGGCCGGGAGAGUUUCGUAGUUGAGGACUCGUGCAUCUACUGUAAGCACGACUACGGUCUGCAUCACUCGAACCAGUGCCGGGCGUUGCACAACAACAACAAUAUGUCUUCGAUUGUUUGCGGGUGCCUGUAUCCGCAGUGUAAAUAUUUGUUGUUAUCACCUUCAGUUGUUUCCGGAUAUUUUCCACGCUUAGAGGGACAAAAGUCCGCAACCGUAGCAAGCAAUGUUAAUGGUUACUGGCCCAAGCAACAAUACUGGCAACGGAACAAACCAGUAGUAAACGGCUUCAGUAGUGAUCAUCUGCCCUUCACGUUGACGAUGGAUUCUUCGUGCCGCGCGAUGUCAUCAUCCUGUUCGUCUUCAUCGUCCCUCUCGUCGUCCUCUUCGUCGUCCUGUUCCUCAUCCUCUUCCGCAUCGUCUGUUUCAUCAUCAUCUACCGAUGACGUAAUGACAAAACCUAACGCCUCAGCAGCCAUCCUGAUUUCCAUUUCCUUGCUGACGCUUCCUUUCCUGCCGGCAAGUAAUCUGCUGUUCUACGUUGGAUUCGUUGUGGCCGAACGUAUCCUCUAUCUACCCAGUGUUGGCUAUUGCUUGCUGAUAGGACUGGGUGUGGGAAAACUCAUCGACGGAACUACCAGUUCCCGCAAGCGACAAAUCAUUCUGCUGUGCUUCGGCGCGUUGCUGCUGGCUUACAGCGGGAAAACCUUGCUGCGCAAUCUGGACUGGUACGAUGAGGAGAGUCUGUUCCGGAGUGCGAUCGGCGUCAAUCCACCGAAAGCACUUGGAAACCUAGGAAGUGUCCUUAGCGCGCAAGGUCGCCAUCAGGAAGCCAAGGAGGCCUUAAAAGCGGCCCUCAGCUACCGCCCAAACAUGGCGGAUGUACAUUACAAUCUAGGAAUAUUACUACAAAAUCAACAAGACUACAGCGAAGCUGUGGAAAGCUUUCGAAAAGCGAUCCAAUUUCGACCUUCGCUAGCACUGGCCUAUCUGAACCUGGGCACUUCACUGAUAGCUCUGGGCCGGUGCCAGGAGGCAGCCAGCAUUCUACGGGAGGGCUCCAAACUGGACGGUGCCGGACUGCGCGAUCGGGCAGCACACGACAACGCCCGGAUCAGCGCGCUGCUGCAGCUGGGCAAUUUAUACGCGGACCAAGGCAAGCUGCAGCCCGCGUUAGCCGUGUACCGAGAGGCACUGCACAUACUGCCCGAUCGAUACCCACCGCAGGGCAUCUAUCACCGGCUGGGGGAAAUCUUCGCCCGGCUCAACCAGUGGACCGAAGCGGAACGGUUCCAGCGAGCGGCUCUGGAAGCCCAACCGGACCAUGUUGCUGCUCACCUCUCGUACGGAUCCAUGCUGGCGAGGAAUAGCAGCCGAACGUCGGAAGCGGAACAAUGGUUUAAGCGCGCCUUGCGACUUGCACCGACCGAUGCCAGCGUUUUUCAUCAUUAUGCUGACUUCCUAACAUCCGUUCGCCGAACGGCCGAAGCCUGUCAGCACCGCGUAAAAGCAGCCGAACUGGCCCCGGAAGACUACUCUCUGGUGACGGCCGCCGCAUCGGCACUGCGUCUGCUGGACCGGAAAACCGAAGCCGAACGCUGGUAUCGACAGGCCGUCCAGCUGCGACCGGAGGAGGCCCGAGCUCACACUAAUUUAGGGGCCAUUUUACACCUGCUGGGACGAUCCGAAGAGGCCGCCCGCAGCUACAAGGAAGCACUACGGCUGCAGCCGAACGAUUUGACAACACUGACCAAUCUGGCCAAGCUGGGAAUAGCGGAAAUUUCCUGA